GAAAUCCCUUUGAUCAUUUCAUUUUUGCCGCGCUUGGAGUCCAGCCCUUUCUGUCGCUCAACCUCCCAAUUUCCAACCCUACUUCUCUCUUUCCACUCCAUUUUCCGGCGAUGCCUCCCCGUCGUCGAGAUAUGAAUCCUGCAGUUUUUGUCAAUGCAGAGUUGUUGCGAUCGUAUGUUGGAAGUCGGGUUCGGGCACUGAUUCAGGUGGUGCGAGUUGAGGGUGAAACUAUCAUUGGAAAUUCUACUGAUGAAAGCCAGCUAGUUGUGAAGGGCAUCCCAACGUUUCCUCUUACAAAAUUUGUUGAGGUCAUAGGCCUUGCUGACAGUGAUACGUCCAUCCAGGCUGACAUGUGGACCAACCUCGGAGAGACAGCUGAUACAUACACUUACAAUCAGCUCUGUCAGAUUGUAAAUGGGGAAUAUAAAAUCUUGUUCGUCUGAGUUACAACGAGAUUCAGUUGUAAGCGGGAAUGCGCUUCCUAGUUACAUCAUGAUGGGACAAAUAAUGUAGUUGGUCAUGUAGUUUUAACACUAGAUUUCGCAGUUUUUCGAAUUUUAUGGCAGCGAAGCGAUUAAGAUCUUCGCUAUCUGACAUAUGCAGAAGUCUCAGAUAUUCAGAUUUUACUAGUCCUUCAAACUUCAUGCGAUUCAUUAACCG